CUGGAACCAAAACGAAGCCAUCAGCCGCGAAAGAAACGGUGUGCUUGUUUGCGAAUUCCACAAAAGUUGCGCGAAUACAGGAUCCAAAAGCUCAAAAAAAUAUCGGCGGAAAUGAAACUCGGUGCGAAGGAGGAACCCACAAACAACCCGGCAGCGGAAGGUUCCGACGACGAUGAAGAAGAGGACAUGCAUGACACUUCUAGCAUCGGAAGCACUUGCACCGAUAACACCUCCAACGGAAGUGAGAGCCAUCCGAACAGGAAGAAACGCAGACGUCCGAAAAAGAAACCGCCGAAGGUACCCCGUCCGUUGUUCAAAUUUGCGUGUUACGUUAAAGAAGAUCACGCUCAACCGCUGUUCGGGUGUCAGUUCAAUCACAAUCUGAAAAAGGGCGAACUUCCGGUGUUUGCCGCCGUCGGAAGCAAUCGCGUUACCAUCUAUCAGUGUUUGGAGAAUGGCAAUCUCAAACUGUUGCAGUGCUAUUCCGAUCCGGAUGUUGACGAAAUAUUCUACACCUGUGCGUGGUCGCACGAGAGUGAAACCGGGCGCCCGAUUCUGGCCGCAGCUGGGCUGCGAGGAGUGAUUCGCGUUUUCAGUCCCGCUACGCUGAACACGGCCAAGCAUUACAUUGGCCACGGCCAUGCCAUCAACGAGGUAAAGUUCCACCCGAAGGAAUACUAUCUACUGCUGUCGGCCAGUAAGGACCACUCGUUGCGAUUGUGGAACACCAAGACCGACGUUUGCAUUGCGGUUUUUGGCGGGGUAGAAGGACAUCGGGAUGAAGUGCUAAGUGCGGACUUCGACAUCCUGGGCUCGCGGAUAAUGUCCUGUGGGAUGGACCAUUCGUUGAAGAUGUGGCGUCUGGACACGGACACCAUGAAGGACGCGAUUAGAGGUAGCUACACUUUCAAUGUUUCCAAAGCGGUUUAUCGGUUUCCGACGGUGAACGAGCAUUUUCCGGUUUUCUCGACGAGAGACAUCCAUCGGAAUUACGUCGAUUGCGUCAGAUGGAUGGGAGAUUACAUUCUGUCAAAGUCUUGCGAGAACACCAUCGUCUGCUGGAAGCCAGGUAAGAUUGAUGACGUGGAAAUCAAAAACAAUGAUACUACUACCACGGUUCUAAGUACGCUGGAGUACAAAGAAUGCGAUAUCUGGUUUAUUCGGUUUUCGCUGGAUUACUGGCAAAAGUAUCUGGCACUGGGCAACCAGAACGGUAGGACUUAUCUCUGGGAGCUAGACACGGACGAUCCCGUUCAUCCGCGGUGCACUCAGCUGUACCAUCCCAAGUGUACGACAGCUAUUCGGCAGACUUCGUUCUCGAGAAAUGGCGAUGUGCUGAUCUGUGUUUGUGACGAUGGAACCGUAUGGCGUUGGGACAGGACCUCGUAGAUCUCUGGACGUGGUAUAUGUGAGAGGGGGUAUUUUUACUAUUUUUCCCAUUCACCAAUGUGUGUGUAUUUAUUUUUUAAGAAUCGGUUAUUAAUACAAUUGUACAAUUAAAACGAA